AUGGUUUCCGAAGUAGAGAGCAUAGUGCGUCAGAUUGUGAAAACCUCCCCUCCGGGCGACGACAGGACCAUCAUAGGUGAUGUCAAGGCCCUAUUGAACAAUGCAGACGCCGACAAGUUGAUUGCCGGCGUGUUGCGUGAAAACUACACGACGGAAUUGGCACAGGACGGGAAGAAGGGCGGUGAUGCAAAGCUUGUGAGACUAUCCAGCGGGCAGCACACCAUUGUGUCGAAGUACAACUUGAGCGGAAUAAAGUUUUUCGAUAUCCAGCAAGGAAUUGUGUUUGACUACGAUUUCAUCAAUGGUCGUGUCAUUGAUGUCGAAGAAAAGCUACCUUCCGGUGUUGAUGGGAAAGCUGUUGAGAAGUUGCAGGAACAAUUGGACGAUUACAUUGCUGCACACUACAACGAGUUGAGCCGCGGUAUGGUUAUUCCUGGCGCCAACGACAGCCUAACUGUCGUCAUUGUCGGAGAAAAGCUCAACGACUCGAAUUUCUACAACGGGAAGUGGGCUGCUGUCUACGAAUGGGAUGAGCAGAGUGGAAGGCUGUCUGCGGUUGUGAAGGUAAGGGUGCACUAUUAUGAAGAUGGUAACGUUGUCAUGAAUACGGCCAAGGAGGAAGACUUGGGCCAAAUCUCCGGCGUAGGAGCAGUCAUCGACAAGAUCGCUGAAUACGAAAAAAACUACGAGCUGAGUGUUUUGAAGAAGGUCAACGUUUUGAACGAACAGAAGUUCAAGAACUUGAGAAGAUUGAUGCCAAUUAGCAGAUCCAAAAUUCAAUGGGGUAGGGCUAUCGGUAACUACAAGCUCGGACAAGACGUAGCUGGUGGCAGACACUGA